AUGCGCACAGCUCCAUAUGGCUCCAAGAUGGCUGACACAGCGUCCGGGGGCUCCAGCACGCGGGCGCCCAAGCAGCCGGGCACCCCGGCAGACAAUUACCAGCUGGCGCGGCGCCGCACGCUGCAGGUGGUGGUGAGCUCGCUGCUGACCGAGGCCGGCUUCGAGAGCGCCGAGAAGGCGGCGGUGGAGACGCUCACCGAGAUGAUCCAGAGCUAUAUUUCAGAAAUCGGGAGGAGUGCCAAGUCCUACUGCGAGCACACAGCCAGGACCCAGCCCACGCUCUCAGACAUCGUGGUCACCCUGGUGGAAAUGGGGUUCAAUGUGGAAACUCUUCCUGCCUAUGCCAAGCGUUCCCAGAGGAUGGUGAUCACUGCCCCUCCAGUGACAAACCAGCCUGUGACCCCCAAAGCCCUGACAGCUGGGCAGAACAAGCCUCAUCCUCCCCACAUCCCUGGCCACUUCCCAGAGUUCCCAGAUCCUCACACGUACAUCAAGACACCAACCUACCGGGAGCCGGUGUCGGAUUACCAAGUGCUGCGGGAAAAGGCGGCGUCGCAGCGCAGGGACGUGGAGAGAGCCCUGACCCGCUUCAUGGCCAAGACAGGAGAGACCCAGAGCCUCUUCAAGGAUGAUGUCAGCACCUUCCCACUGAUUGCUGCCAGGCCCUUCACUGUGCCCUACCUGACAGCUCUGCUCCCCUCUGAGCUGGAGAUGCAGCAGAUGGAGGAGACGGAUUCCUCGGAGCAGGACGAGCAGACGGACACUGAGAACCUCCCCCUGCACAUGAGCACGGAUGAUGCAGGACCUGAGAAGGAGAACACCUCAGUGCUGCAGCAGAACAGCUCCCUGGCAGGCAGCAGGAACGGGGAGGAGAACAUGAUUGACAACCCCUACCUGCGGCCCGUGAAGAAACCCAAAAUCCGCAGGAAGAAGUGAGGGGGGGCCUGAAAUUGCUCUGAGGAACUGCCAGGGCCCAGCUCAAGGAGGAUCUCCCUGCAGGGGGAACUCUGCUCCCAUCCUGCUUUCCUGUGCUCCCCCUUCCCUCUGCUCACUGGGAUGGUCCAGGAAAACCAGCUGGGGAUUCUCUGGGGACUUUGAUUUCCAAAUCUGCUGUGGGGAGGAUUUGUUUGCUCAAGAGCUGGAGGAGCCAGGGCUUGGAGGGAGCCAGGGCUUGGAUUUGGAGGGCACAGGAGCUGGAUCUAUGGGAGACAGGGAUUGGGUUUGGGUUUGGAUUCAGAUUUGGAUUUGGAUUUGGAGGGCACAGGAGCUGGAACUGUGGGAAACAGGGAUUGGGAUUGGAUUUGGGUUUGGAUUUGGAGGACACAGGGGCUGGAACUAUGGGAGACAGGGAUUGGGAUUGGAUUUGGAUUUGGAGGACACAGGGGCUGGAACUAUGGGAGACAGGGAUUGGCUUUGGGUUUGGAUUCAGAUUUGGAUUUGGAUUUGGAGGGCACAGGAGCUGGAACUAUGGGAAACAGGGAUUGGGAUUGGAUUUGGAUUUGGAGGACACAGAGGCUGGAGCUGUGGGAUGCAGGGAUUGAAUUUGGAUUGAGAUUUGGAUUUGGAUUUGGAGGGCACAGGAGCUGGAACUAUGGGAGACAGGGAUUGGGAUUGGAUUUGGUUUUGGGUUUGGAUUUGGAUUUGGAUUUGGAUUUGGAGGGCACAGGAGCUGGAACUAUGGGAAACAGGGAUUGGGAUUGGAUUUGGUUUUGGAUUUGGAGGACACAGAGGCUCCAUCACCCAGGAAGGACAAAAAUUAAAUUUUUUUUUUUUUUAAUGAUCUCCUGCCAAAAAAUCUGAAAUUAAAUCUCAGUUCCCUCCCUCCCUUGUGUCACUUCUGCUGGUGCCUUGCUUGUACAGAAUGACAAAUGUAAAGACACAUCCUGUAAAUGUUUGUAUAUAUCCAAAGCUUUUAUCUUUUUUUGACUUUUUUUUUUUUUCUUUUUUUUUUUUUUCUUGCAAGGAGAAGAAUCCCUUGCUGGGUAGGGGAAAAAAAAAAAGUGGAAUGAAAAUCGUAGUUUUUAUGUUCCUAAUAAAAGAAAUUUUAUCUCCUGAUGAGAAAAUUGUAAUUUUUAUGUUCAUAAUAAAAGAAAUUUUAUUUCCUGUGAG